AGAACGCCACAACAGUGAAAGGAAAAGCUGUUUUUUUGUUGUUUUCAGCUCGUGUGUGACCAUCUCAGGGAGACGAACUUCGCGAACUUCUGCUAGGCUCUGCUAGUUAUAUCGUUCGUGGUUCGUCAUUCAUUCAAUCAGUGCAGUGCCAGCGGUAGUGAAUAAUCUUAAAGGGAAGAUCGACUAGCAUUAAGGUAUCGAGUAGGACUUUGGACUUUGUUUUGUGAAUAACAAUAUUUUCGUGCGUAGUCACUUUUAAGUUCGGUGCAUAGCAGCUUUCGUUGGUGAUAUAAUAUCGUUUAUUGUCUAUACGUAAGACGUGAAUAAUUAAGAGCAACAGAGGAAAUGUCCGAAAAUGUUAGCCCAAUCAAGUACUUUCUCUCCGGAGGUUUUGGAGGGAUCUGUACGGUGUUGGCCGGGCACCCGCUCGAUACAAUAAAGGUACGAUUGCAGACGAUGCCGUUACCGGUCGCUGGCCAAGCUCCAUUGUACGCCGGGACCCUGGACUGUGCAAAGAAGACCAUCCGCCAUGAAGGUUUCCGUGGGUUAUACAAAGGAAUGUCCGCUCCGAUGGCCGGGGUGGCACCGAUCUUCGCCAUGAGUUUCUUUGGGUUCGGUGUAGGCAAGAGAUUGCAGCAGAAGACACCGGAUGAAGAGUUGAACAAUACACAACUGUUCGCAGCGGGGGCGUUCUCCGGAGUGUUCACUACGAUAGUGAUGGCUCCGGGCGAGCGUAUCAAGUGUCUGCUGCAGAUUCAACAAGGAGGCAAUGUGCCCCAGAAGUAUAACGGCAUGGUGGACUGCACGAAGCAGCUGUACGCAGAAGGAGGAAUUCGAAGUAUUUACAAGGGAUCGUUUGCAACACUGCUGCGAGACGUUCCAGCUUCUGGAAUGUACUUCCUCACUUAUGAAUACGUAAAGAAGACCUUUGCGCCGAAGGAAGGCGAAACGGAGGAGCCCGGAAAAGCAUUGCUGCGAACGAUUUUUGCUGGAGGAAUGGCAGGUAUUGCCAACUGGGCCAUCGGAAUGCCAGCUGAUGUGCUUAAGUCACGACUGCAGACGGCGCCCGAGGGAACCUACAAGAAUGGCAUCCGGGAUGUUUUUCGAGAGCUGAUGAAGAACGAAGGACCGCUGGCACUGUACAAGGGUGUUACGCCGGUGAUGUUGCGAGCUUUCCCAGCGAAUGCGGCUUGCUUCAUCGGGUUUGAGGUGUUUAUGAAGUUUUUGAAUUUUGUGGCGCCCAAUUUGUAGGGAGACGGAGUGUGCAGGGAUAUUCGUUUUUCGUUGUAUUUGAUUUACGUUAGGGUGGAAAUAUUAUUAUGUAUUUUUCAGAGAUGAAAAAGUAAGAAACAGAUCGUGGAUUUAGGUAAUGGUAAGAACCAACAAAUGCAAUCACAGCAACAUCAAAUGUAGCGCCAGGGAAGAGGGCCGUUUCUAAUGAUAAAGUUCGGUAGAUAUAUUACUGCCAGUGUUGACAUAUUUUUUAGUAAAUUGAGCCAAUAUAACAACUUUGUAUAAACAUUA